AGUGAAAAAACUAAACUGUGAGUCUGGGACGCUGACCUUCUUCUUCGUAGGAUUUGUAUCGCGGCAGUAGCCAUGGAGGCAACGAUCGGGAAGUUCUUUGAAUCCAUUGGAACUUUUUUCAGCGGUGGAGAUCAGAUGCCUUGGUGCGACCGAGACAUCAUUGUUGGUUGUGAGAGAGAAGUUGCAGAAGCUAGUGGUGUAUCAGAGGAAGGUUUAAAUGAGAGCAUCAUGCGGCUGUCAUGGGCCCUUGUUCACUCAAGGCAGCCAGAAGAUGUUCAGCGUGGAAUAGCGAUGCUUGAAGCUUCCUUGGCCACUACAAAAAACUCUCUGCAAAGGAGAGAAAAGCUUUUUCUUCUAGCAGUGGGGCAUUACAGAAGUGGUGAUUAUAUAAGGAGCCGGCAGCUUGUGGAACGAUGUUUGGAGAUUGCAGCAGAUUGGAGACAGGCUCUGACCCUGAAGAAGGUGAUUGAGGAUAAAAUCUCUAAAGAUGGCAUAAUCGGCAUAGGCAUUGCUGCAACGGCUGUUGGGCUUUUGGCUGGUGGGAUUGCUGCAGCAUUGGCCCGUAAGAAGUGACCAAACCUCCUGUGCGCCAGACGUGUCCAUAACUACUAUAAUCUUUGCCUAUGCCUAAACGUGCCAAACAGUAAAAAUCUUGUUGGUUCAAAAAUCCUGUUCUGUAUCAGAUGGGUUUUGAAAUUUCAUUUAGCUUUACAAUAAUGUGUAAAAAAUAUAUAGUUCACAUAAUGACAGCUAAACCUCUGGUUCUGCAAACGUUUAUGGUAGUCGGGUUGGUGGAGAUUUCCUUUCUUUGAAGCAACAUGAAUGGAUGUGCUUUGAUGGUCAACUCUGGCAUCUAAUGGUCCAUUUGUGUUAAUACUUUGCAUGUGUAAGAUUAUGUGAAUGGUAUAAACAGUUUCAGUGAAUGCUUUAUGAGAAAAUUGUAGAGUAUAAAAUGCAA